AUGGCCAUCUCUGCUGCUGUUGACCUUGCUCCCUUCACUUGCCCCUGCUUCAAGGAUACUGCCAGAUCCACCCUUUCACACCCCAAAAUCGAUGGCAUGGAUGAUUAUGGAAAUCCUCGACAGAGUGGACAAUUCAACAGAAACUGUGAAAAUGGGAGAAAGCCAGCUUUGGACAGUCAAGUUGUAGAAAAGAGGAAAUCUGAGGCUUCCAUUGAGCCAUCCAUCACUGCCAAGGACAGUAAGAGUCAGCAACCAAGGAAAAAUGAGGUUGCUGUGAGGCUAAAUAAACCAGAAACUGUUGAUAAUGGCCCUGUCCGACCCCCAAAAUCAACUAUGCAGCGAAAAAGCAAUAUGGAGCCAAAGAUGCAGCCAAAAAUAGAGAACAAUACAAUCCCAAAGAAGCCUCCUAUGAUUCAGAAAGAUAAAUCCAAGUUUUCAAAUGAAGUUGCAGUCCAAGUAAAGCUAGAGGGUUUUAAAAGAGAUGGGCUUGCCCUUGAAGCAAGGGCAAGUGAAGAGAGUAAGGUCAACAGCAGCAGAGAUGGCCGUGGAGAGAUGCAUGUGACUCAUGUUAGCAAUUAUAGCUUUGGGGAAGCUGAGGCAUUAACUGAUGAGGUUGAAGGAGAGUUUCAGCAUGUUGGGGAGGUUUUGAGGAUCCGAAAUGUUCUGCUUAACUUUAAAGAAGAGUGUGACUCUGUGUUAUUUGAGUUAUUGAGGAGGCUCCAGCUUAUGGAACUCACAGUGGAUCCUUCUAGAGACAACUGA